AUGACGACAGAAGGCUAUCAGGAAUUAGAGGAGUACAAAGUUGCGGUGGCACUCUGGAAAUACAUGUCGCCGUGUCUGUUGAUACUGGGUCUAGUGGGUAACACCUUAUCAUUCGUUGUUCUGUCCAAAUCAUCGAUGAGGGAAACAACAACCUCUUUGUAUCUGAGAUUCUUGGCUGUGUAUGACAGUCUCGUUCUCUACAUGGGAUUGAUGCGAUGGUGGAUCAUAUACCUCAUAGAGUACGACAUUCGGGAAUAUAGCGUUGUAGUUUGUAAGAUCCACACAUGGGGAGCCUAUUGGACAACCCACACGUCAGCCUGGCUGUUGGUGUCGGUGACCGUGGAGAGAUGCUUCUCUGUGUGGUUUCCUCACAAAGUGAAAAUCAUAUGUAUAAAACGAAAUACUUAUGUCAUUAUUGCCACUAUCAUGUUGGUUUUCGCGAUGCUGAACUCCCAUUAUUUUUACGGACUUGGGAAUUAUGUUGAGAUGAUAGAUAAUGAGACGGAAGUCAAACACUGUGAACAAAUCAAUGAUGCUUAUUACAACUUUGAAGUAUUCAUUUGGCCCUGGAUUGAUUUGUGUAUAUACAGUGUUAUUCCGUCAUCCAUUCUCACAUUCUGUAACAUUGCUAUCAUACACAAAGUUGUCUCCAGCAGUCGACAGACUCUUCAGAACGAUUCUUCAAUCUCAUCCAGACGAAGACAGGCGUCAUCUCUUACCGUCAUGUUGCUGCUCGUCAGUUUUACCUAUGUCGUCUGCACGACGCCAUAUUGUAUUUAUUUGAUAUAUGAAAAUUCGUUUACCCCUGAUGAAUAUGCCAACGCUCGCGAGGAAGCAGUUGCGGGACUUGUGUGGUUGGUGGUAACCAUGUUGCUGUACACAAACAACUCUAUAAAUUUUAUUUUAUACAGUGUUAGUGGAAAACGUUUUCGAGACGAACUGUCCGUUUUGUGUUCUCGCCAGGAUGGACGGAGUUCUGAGAUCUACAUCGUUCGUGUGAAGGACACCGGUAAUUGCAUCAGAAAUCGGACUUUGAGAUCAGCGUGCGAGUGA